CGCGUUCAUAUGUCGAGAUCUUUGCCAGCGAUAUUGGCAGCGAACAGCUGGUAGUUGCAAGCUUGCAAGUUGUGAUCAGUUACAAUAUGUCUAUUGUCGAUAAAAUUUGUCAUUAUCAACGAAAUUUAGAGAAAUACGGUGAUAACGAAGCUCGAAUAUUACAUUGUAUUUCAAAGUUAUAUAAUCUACCAGUGACAGUACAACAUCUUCAAGAGACAGGAGUAGGAAGAACUGUGAAUAGUUUCAGAAAGUACGAUGGUAGUGUAGGUGAUGCUUCUAAAGCUUUAGUUUACAAAUGGAAAAGAAUGGUAGCAAAUGAGGAUAACAGUGAUGAAGAAGAUGAGGAUGAAACUUGUGUACCUGAUGUUCACGAAAAUAACACUGAUAACCAAGAUUCACCAAAGCUAAGUAUUGGAGAAAACAGCUCCUUAUCUGAUCAAGCAUCAAAUUUAAAACAUGCAUAUAAAGAAAACAAAAGUGAACCAUCUACAAAACACAAUACAGUGCAUUCAUCCAAGUUAAAAUCAGAGGAAAAGUAUGAAAAAAGUGGACACUCUUCCAAACACCAUUUACAGAAUGAAAAGAAAUCCAAAGAAUCGAAAACUAGUAAAAGCAGUCUGAAGAAAGAAGAAGUCCAUAGUUCAACAAAUAAUCUUAAUGACAAUGAUAAUCCGAAGAAAAUGAAUAAUAAGGAGACUGAAAUUAAUGAAGAUAAUAACAGAAAGAGAAAAGUAGAUAAUUCCUCAACAAAGGAAAGCAAGAAGAGGAAAUUGUCAAAUAGCAAAAUUGAUGAUGAGAAACCUCAAUUAUCCAUUUCAGAAAAAAAUCAUUCCCAUUCAAAAUCUGGAAUUGAAAUAGAGGAAAAGUCCAGAAGUUCUAAUAAGUUUAAAUCUGAUGAAUCAAGCAGUAAAACAAAGGACAGUAGUGAAAAACAAAAACAUAAAAUAAAGGAACAUACAAGUCAUAAUAAACAUGAUAAAAAAAGAGAUUCCAGUCAUCAUUCUACCAAGGAAACUUCCAAGUUAAGAGUUAGUUCCUCUAGUAAUAAGGAUCAUAUUAAGAGUAAAGAUAGGGACAAGAAAAAGGAGCAAAAAGAGGAUAAGAAUAAGCACGAGAAGAAAAAGGAAACAAAGAUUAGGUUAAUGCAAGAGAUUAAAGGCGAUGAAGGAAUAGAUUGCAAUUCUGGUGCAAGCUUUGCAGAAGCACUUGGAAUGUGCACCAUGCCUCAGCUAUCAACGAAAAAACGUCAUAAUAAUUCACCUAAUUUAAUUUCUAGUAAAUCAAUUAAAACGGAACGGUUGUCACCCCCGAUUAGUAACAAGAAGACGCCAACAGUGAAAUCUGAGUCAGAAUACGGCGAAAAUUCAAACUCACUGUCCCUUUUAGCGCCAAAUGUGAAGCUAGAACCGUUGAACGUAGAUUUAUCGUCCACUUUACCUGAAAUAAGUCCCAAUUACAAGCCACUGCCAUAUAUUAAUCCAAUUCAACGCAAAGAAGAAAUCAAAUCUGUCGACAAUAUUAUUUAUUUCAAAAAUCAAAGGACGAAAGUGUACUCUGGUAACAAGGUUGGUUACACAAGUGUGCCAACGCUGUACGAAAUGUGCAUCAGAGUAUUGAUAGAAAAUAUCGAUGCGCUUGAAUUCACCGGCGGUGUACCAUAUGAUAUAUUAAAGCCAAUCCUAGAACGCGCCACGGCUGAUCAAUUAUUUAUGUUAGAACAUUAUAAUCCAUAUCUUAUAGAAGAUACAGACAUAUUAUGGCAAUAUCAUUGUAAUCGAGAGUUCAGGAAUAAUGAUAGGCAGGAAAUGGAAUCGUGGCGCGAGAUGUACAUGCGCUGCUUAGAUGAAAGAGAAGCAAAAUUGAAAACACUCACCGCCAACAUCAAACAAUCCAUAGAUAAAUCCGUCCCAGUGAGAUCCACUAAACUUGCAUACGUAGACAAUGUCGUGAAGCCACCGCGGAACAUAUUGAAGAAACAAGCAAAGUAUGGCACAGCCAAUGCUACACCUGCCACUGUCUCUAGUGUAAAGAAAAAAUUGACCGGUGGUGGAGCGACUAAUAACGCAACUAAUAUUGCUGUACCACCACCGCCGAUGGCUCGAUUUAAAGCAUCAACAUCGAGUGUAAAAAAGACAAAAGCACCGCUUAUGGCAAAGGCAUUGCAACUAAUAAAAGGGCGUUACAAGCGGUAGUGUAAGUGAUAAUUUAUAAAUAUUAUAGAGAUCUCUCCAUUGAUCUCUUAUAAUCAAUUUCAAUAAAUAAUAAAAUUGUACAUUUUGUCAUCGUUUCGUGCGCACGCGUUUAUAUCGUUUUGAUAUCGAUCGCGAUCUCAAUACAGCAAUGAAUCUGUGAAUCUUUUGCAUAAUAUUAUUUCUUUUUUAAAUAUUCAUGUGCAAGGAAUCAUAUGUAAUGAUUUCAAUACAUAAAUAAUUGCAUAUAAUUAUUCAAUUAUAUGAAGGAAUUUAUCCUCUUAUUCCAGUUGAAUGUAAAAUCCAUAGGAGAACAAAUAAUUUCCAACAGUUACGAUACACUUUUCUUUCGAAAUUAUAUCAAUAAUUCACAGCUACAUAAAUUCCUUUUUGAGGAAAGUGUAUUCUUAAUCCUCAUAUAUAUAAUUAGAUUCAAUAAAAAAUAGAUAUAUAAAAAUAAAUAGAUGAAAUUGAUGGUUACUCAUUUUUAGGUCUAGAAAUUCUUGGCUCAUAUAUUUUCUAAUCUAAAAUUCUUAGAUUCGUGAAAUAUAAUGUUUUUGGAUUGUGUUGUAGAAACUUAUCAUGUGUCAAAUGUCGAUUCAGGAAUAAAGUGGAACCGUAUUUCGUGCGUUGAAUAUUGCUGUGAUUUUGAUUUCAAUUUUUUAUAUAAAUAUAUCUCUGAAUGUAUUAUGUAAAUAUUAUAUUGUGACAAGACAAAAGAACAACUAUAGAUAGGUGAUCAAUCUACUUUGCUUAAAUUAUGUAAUUGUGGUAUAAAAAUUUCU